AUGAGACCACUACUAGAGGUCUUUAGGAGAGUCAUUGACUCACCGACGAGUGUCAAGCUUAGUCCCUUUAUCCGUAUCUCUAUAGCAUAUAUGUUAUGGGAAAUAUGGAAGGGACGUAACUCAUCUCGAUUUGCAGGCCAAGUGAUGCGUGUCACAGAAAUUAUGAGGCACGUAACACAAUGGCUUCGAAGUACUCAUUCCUUAGUGCCAAACAAAACGAAAUGCUUGCGUUUUGUUUGUGAGGCUUUUGGGCUUUGGGGACUCCAUAUCAUAUCUACACAGACCUGGACUACUAUCCGAUCUGUUAGAUGGACACCACCGAGAGUUGGACAGUGGAAACUCAACGUCGAUGGAGCAUCUCAAGGCAACCCUGGACCAUCUGGAGGAGGAGGUAUUUUACAUGAUAGUACAGGAUGCAUUCUCUUUGCCUUUUCGAACUUUUAUAAUAUACGAACUAAUACUGAGGCAGAGGCUAUGGCAAUACGGGAUGGUUUGCUUCUUUGUGAGGAGCAAAAUAUUACUAAUAUUGUCUUAGAAUCUGAUUCCAAAGUGUUAGUGGACAUGUUACGUGCAGACUCUUGUCCUCAUUGGAGGCUCAAGAAUAUCUGGGCAGACAUCAUGCGAUGUCGAGGACGCAUCACAACCAUUACGCAUCAGUUCCGAGAAGGGAAUCAGAUAGCCAACGCCCUUGCUACGCAUGGAGUCAGAUCGCAUCGGAGGACAGUCUUCUCUUUUUGGCAGGACAUGCCCAUCGCAGCCCGAGGUGCUCAUAGACUUGAGCGACUCGGCAUACCCUCUUUACGCAUACACCGCACUCCACUACCAGCCCCUCCACGGCAGUGGCGUAUUGCUUGGAGGAGAUCAAGGGUGGUUACUAUUGGCUGCUGA